GACGGCAAUCACAUUGUAGCAUUCGCUGAGAAAGCAGCAGAGCCAUGGAGUACUGUCUUGAACUUUUCAGAGAACAUAAAAUGAAUUAAAAGAAAACAACAACAAAAAACCAGCCUGCCAAACACUGGUGGGGUUUGGUUGGGGAGGAAAAGUCUCCCAUUUCACCAGUUAUGCAGCUAAAGGAGACUUAUUUGAACCAAUAAGAUCAAAGGUUUGUCCCAGGUGGAAGAUAAUUUUGUCGAGUGUAUUAUUUUAAGACUGAGAGUCAGGAUGAAACUGCAGAGUUUGAAAAGUGACGGGGCUGCUUUAAGGCAGAAACAGGAAGUUGUAACUAGAAGCCAUGUGAAUGCCAAGCCAGCAGAAUGCUCAUCAAGUGGCAACUUAGCUAGUGUUUACUCUGAAAUCCUCUGGCAGCCAGCUAUUUUGCGGGAAAUCCGAUAAAACAGCCCUUGCCAGGUUUUAUGAGGACCCCUACACAGACGGGAUGGAGAAGCAGCACAGAUUCCUGGCAGGGAAGGAUGACGACCAGUUCCAACACCAGGGAGCCGUGGAGCUGCUUAUCUUCAAUUUUCUGCUCAUCCUGACCAUUUUGACCAUCUGGUUAUUUAAAAAUCAUCGUUUUCGCUUCCUGCAUGAGACCGGAGGAGCGAUGGUGUAUGGCCUUAUUAUGGGAUUAAUUUUACGAUAUGCCACUGCACCAACUGAUAUUGAAAGUGGAACUGUGUAUGAUUGUGGACAACUGGCCUUCAGUCCAUCAACUUUGCUGAUUAAUAUCACUGACCACAUCUAUGAAUAUAAAUACAAGAGAGAAAUAAGUGAGCACAACAUUAGUCCUCACCAAGGCAAUGCCAUACUUGAAAAGAUGACAUUUGACCCAGAAAUCUUCUUCAAUAUCCUACUGCCACCAAUUAUAUUUCAUGCAGGAUAUAGCCUGAAGAAGAGACACUUUUUUCAAAACUUAGGAUCUAUUUUAACAUAUGCCUUCCUGGGAACUGCCAUCUCCUGUAUUGUCAUAGGGGCUGAAUACAACUGUAGCCUUACCCCUGCAGAGAGAAAUGAGAGUGAGGGAAAAGAUCUCCAGUUUUUACAGCCUUGCUUGAAGGAAAGGUCAUUACAUGAAGCUAUGGAAAGUGCUGCCAAGGCCAUGUACAGCAGCCAGCACUGCCCUGGAGGCUGGGCCUUGCUCCUGGACCUGCAGGAGUAA